ACAAAGUUUGUAGUUGGCUACUGACAAUAGUGUUAAUUUUAGUUAUUUUUAAAUAAUUCAUGCUGCUGUAUAAACAUCUUCUUCAGUGAUAACCUUUUUAGAAAUAUAUAUGUUUCAUUAAUAGUCAACAGUUCCACAAUGUCAGAGUCUUCUAAAUCAAAGAGUUCUUUGAACCUGAACCCUGCACCGACAUUGCAGUGUAAAGAUCUUCAUGAGUAUCUAAAAAGCCGGUCAGCACAGUUUCUAGAGACUUUAUACAACUAUCCUACAAUAUGCCUAGCCGUGUACAGAGAGCUGCCGGAGCUGGCGCGGCACUUCGUGAUCAGGUUGCUGUUUGUGGAGCAGCCCGUGCCGCAGGCUGUCGUAGCGUCCUGGGUCUCACAGGCGCAUGCCAAAGAGCAGAUAAAGGCAGCUGAAGCACUGUCAGAGCUGUCAGUGUGGCAAGACGCACCCAUUCCUGGAGGCUUACCUGGCUGGAUGCUGGCACAGUCCUUUAAGAAGAACCUUAAAGUUGCUCUGCUAGGCGGUGGGCGACCAUGGAGCAUGUCAAUGUCCCUCGAGCCAGACGGCAAGGCUCGCGACGUGGCGUUCCUGGACGCGUACGCGCUGGAGCGGUGGGAGUGCGUGCUUCACUACAUGGUGGGCUCCGCGCAGACCGAGGGCAUCUCCGCUGAUGCUGUGAGGAUCCUACUCCACGCUGGGCUCAUGACCAGAGACGCCGAGGACGGUUCAGCAGUGAUAACCCGCGCCGGCUUCCAGUUCCUCCUCCUGAGCACCGCCAAGCAGGUGUGGCUGUUCCUGCAGCACUACCUCCACACGGCAGAGAAGAGGAGUUUAUCAGCGGCUGAAUGCCUGGCGUUUCUUUAUCAGCUCAGCUUCAGCACCCUGGGAAAGGAUUACAGUACGGAGGGCAUGAGCAACAACAUGCUGGUAUUUCUGCAGCAUCUCCGCGAGUUCGGCCUCGUCUACCAGAGGAAGCGUAAAGCUGGGCGCUUCUACCCGACCCGCCUGGCGUUAAACAUAGCGAGUGUGAGAGGGGACGCCGAGAUAUCCCAACCCGCCGAUACUCGCGGAUACAUCGUCGUGGAGACCAACUACAGGGUGUAUGCGUACACACAGACCAGCUUGCAGGCGGCGCUGCUCGGGCUGUUUGCAGAGCUCUUCUAUAGGUUCCCUAACUUGGUGGUGGGCGUGCUGACCCGGGACUCGGUGCGGCAGGCGCUGCGCGGCGGCAUCACGGCCGCGCAGAUCAUCAAGUACCUAGAGCAGCACGCGCACCCGCAGAUGUUAAAAGCGGACUCUGGCGGUAUCCGGACGGAGUCAGUGUUACCCCCGACGGUGGUGGACCAGAUCAAGCUGUGGGAGAGCGAGCGCAACCGCGCCACCUACACCGAGGGCGUCGUCUACAACCAGUUCCUGUCGCAGGCGGACUUCGCGGCGCUGCGCGACUACGCGCGCGGCGCCGCGGUGCUGAUGUGGCAGUCCGAGCGCACGCGCACCGUCGUCGUCACGCGCGCCGGCCACGACGACGUCCGCCGCUACUGGAAGCGGUACUCCAAGCGGGAGUAGGCAACCUUCAUGCGACGGGAUAC